CGACGGAUGGCCUCUCGCGAGUUCACGUUCCAUUCAAAUUCGAAGAGAUUUAAUUAAAAAAACGAUUUAACUUUCUUAAUUUAUUUAUUCAUAGUAUACCCUGUUCACAUUUUAUAAAACCGACAGAUUUAGAAAUGAGAGGCGACUUUCCACUCUGAGCUGGCUGCGCAUGCUGCGCAUCAACUACGCCCAUGAAGCGCCCUGCUAGUCAAACAACAUAGCCUCUUUAGCAGGCUAACCUUGCCCCAAAAGAAUUCGUCGAUGAAUACUUUUCAUAAUGCAUGAAGAAAAUAACGCAUAAGAAUUCGACAGAAACCCGGAAACCUGCCUGGCAGUCCAAAUGGUGAUCAUGUCGGGCACAGCCACUGUGCUGCAACAGUUUGUUGGUGGCUUGAAGAGUCGAAACGAAGACACCAGAGCAAAGUCAGCCAAAGAUCUCCAGCACUAUGUGACGACUGAGUUGAGAGAGUUAAGCCAAGAUGAGGCGACAACAUUCUACGAUGAGUUAAACCACCACAUAUUUGAGCUGGUGUCCAGCUCUGAUGUAAAUGAGAAGAAGGGAGGGAUUCUUGCCAUUGUGAGUCUGAUUGGAGUGGAGGGAGGAAAUGCCACAAGAAUCAGUCGCUUUGCCAACUAUCUGCGCAACUUGCUCCCGUCCAGUGACCCGGUGGUGAUGGAGAUGGCUUCUAAAGCCAUGGGUCACUUGUCCAUGGCUGGAGACACGUUUACUGCAGAGUAUGUGGAGUUUGAGGUUAAAAGAGCCCUGGAGUGGCUGGGAGCAGACAGGAAUGAAGGCCGGCGACAUGCUGCAGUUUUGGUUUUGAGGGAGUUGGCUGUGAGCGCCCCCACCUUCUUCUUCCAGCAAGUGCAGCCCUUCUUUGACAACAUCUUCUAUGCGGUUUGGGAUCAAAAGCAGGCAAUCCGUGAAGGGGCGGUGUCUGCCCUGCGCGCUUGUCUCAUACUGACCACACAGAGGGAAACUAAGGAAAUGCAGAAGCCACAGUGGUACAAACAAACCUUUGAGGAAGCAGAGAAGGGCUUUGAUGAAACUUUGGCAAAAGAAAAAGGCAUGAAUCGAGACGACAGAGUUCAUGGAGCACUACUUAUUCUCAAUGAGUUGGUUCGCAUCAGUAGCAUGGAAGGAGAGCGCAUGCGUGAGGACAUGGAGGAGAUCACGCAGCAGCAGCUUGUCCAUGACAAGUACUGCAAGGAGCUGAUGGGAUUUGGAACAAAGCCGCGCCACAUUACACCUUUCACCAGCUUUCAAUCAGUGCAGCCGCAACAGUCCAAUGCCCUGCUGGGUCUGCUGGGCUACAGCACACCGCAGGGCUUCCUCAGCUUUGGAGCCACGCCAGUGCCAGCCAAGAGUUCGCUGGUGGAGAGCAGAUACUGCAGAGAGCUGAUGGAAGAGCGGUUUGACCAGGUCUGCCGGUGGGUGCUGAAAUAUAGAACCAGUAAGAACCCUCUGAUCCAGAUGACCAUCCUUAAUCUGCUACCCAGACUGGCAGCCUUCCAGCCUCAUACGUUCACAGAUCAGUACCUGUCCGACACGAUGGGCUACCUGCUGGCUUGUCUGAAGAAGGAGAAGGAGCGGACUGCAGCUUUCCAGGCUCUGGGGUUGUUAGUUGUGGCCGUUAAGGCUGAAAUCCAGCCGUACCUCUCCAAGAUCCUUGAGAUCAUCAAAGCUGCUCUGCCACCAAAAGACUUCGCACACAAGAGGCAGAAAACCAUGCAGGUCGACGCAACAGUUUUCACUUGUAUUAGUAUGUUGUCUCGAGCAAUGGGACCUAGCAUUCAGCCAGAUAUCAAGGAGCUGCUUGAGCCCAUGUUAGCUGUAGGCCUCAGUCCUGCGCUGACUGCUGUGUUGUACGACCUGAGCCGCCAGAUCCCACUGUUGAAGAAAGACAUCCAGGAUGGUCUUCUAAAAAUGCUGUCCCUUGUUUUGAUGCACAAACCGCUUCGCCACCCUGGCAUGCCCAAAGGUCUUGCCCACCAGUUGGCUUCACCAAGCCUGACAAACAUCCCAGAAGCCAGUGAUGUCGGCAGCAUCACGUUAGCUUUACGCACACUAGGAAGCUUUGAAUUUGAAGGCCAUUCUCUGACUCAAUUUGUUCGACACUGCGCGGACCACUUUUUGAACAGCGAGCACAAGGAGAUCCGAAUGGAAGCGGCCCGGACCUGCUCACGCCUCCUCACCCCUUCGAUCCAUCUGAUCAGUGGCCAUGUUGUGAGCCAGACGGCGGUGCAGGUGGUUGCAGACGUGCUCAGCAAGCUGUUGGUGGUUGGCAUCACUGACCCUGAUCCGGAUAUUCGCUACUGUGUGCUGGCGUCUCUAGAUGAGCGCUUCGAUGCUCAUCUCGCACAGGCUGAGAACCUGCAGGCUCUUUUUGUGGCGCUGAAUGAUGAAGUUUUCGAGAUCAGAGAGCUGGCCAUCUGCACAAUUGGGCGACUCAGCAGCAUGAACCCGGCCUUUGUGAUGCCCUUCCUGCGCAAAAUGCUCAUUCAGAUUCUUACUGAGUUGGAGCACAGUGGUGUUGGAAGAAAUAAAGAGCAAAGUGCUCGCAUGCUUGGCCAUCUGGUCUCAAAUGCCCCACGACUCAUACGACCAUACAUGGAACCCAUUCUCAAGGCUCUGAUCCACAAGUUGAAAGACCCAGAUCCCAAUCCUGGAGUGGUUAUUAGCGUGCUUGCCACCAUUGGAGAGUUGGCCCAGGUGAGCGGCCUCGAGAUGAGGAAAUGGAUGGACGAGCUUUUUCCAAUCAUCAUGGACAUGCUGCAGGACUCGUCCUCACUGGCCAAACGACAGGUGGCGCUGUGGACCUUGGGCCAACAGGUUGCAAGCACAGGUUAUGUUGUGGAACCCUAUCGCAAGUACCCGUCCCUGCUGGAGGUGCUGCUCAACUUCCUGAAGACGGAACAAAACCAGGGCAUCAGGAGGGAGGCCAUCCGUGUGUUGGGUCUGCUCGGAGCGCUGGACCCUUACAAGCACAAAGUGAACAUCGGCAUGAUUGACCAAUCGCGGGACGCCUCAGCUGUCAGCCUCUCCGAGUCCAAGUCAAAUCAGGAUUCUGCUGACUACAGCACCAGUGAGAUGCUUGUCAACAUGGGAAACCUGCCAUUGGAUGAGUUUUACCCUGCUGUGGCAAUAGUCACUCUCAUGCGCAUCCUCAGAGACCCCUCGCUCUCCAACCACCACACCAUGGUGGUCCAGGCAGUCACUUUCAUCUUCAAGUCUCUGGGUCUCAAGUGUGUCCAGUUUCUGCCCCAGGUCAUGCCCACCUUUCUCAAUGUCAUCAGGGUCUGCGACGCCAGUAUCCGAGAGUUCCUCUUUCAGCAGAUGGGAAUGGUGGUGUGCUUCGUGAAGAUCCACAUCCGGCCGUACAUGGAUGACAUCUUCAUCCUCAUCAGAGAGUACUGGACCCCCAACAACCCCAUGCAGAACACCAUCAUCCUUCUGAUCGAGCAGAUUGUCGUGGCCCUGGGUGGAGAGUUCAAACUCUACCUGCCUCAGCUCAUCCCACACAUGCUCCGCGUUUUCAUGCAUGACAACAGCACCGGCCGCAGCGUUACUAUCAAGCUUCUGAAUGCCAUCCAGCUGUUUGGUGCCAACCUCGAUGACUACCUCCACCUGCUUCUGCCGCCCAUUGUUAAGUUGUUUGACGCUCCUGAUGUGCCGCUGCAGGCCCGGAAAGUUGCCUUGGAGACACUGGACCGCUUGACAGAGUCCCUGGAUUUCACUGACUAUGCCUCUCGUAUUAUCCACCCAAUUGUGCGGACGCUCGACAGUACCCCUGAGCUGCGCUCCACCUCCAUGGACACCCUUUCCUCAUUAGUGUUCCAGUUGGGCAAGAAGUACCAAAUCUUCAUACCGAUGGUAAACAAGGUGAUGCUGAAGCACAGGAUCAACCACCAACGCUAUGAUAUACUUAUUUGUCGGAUUGUCAAGGGUUACACUCUGGCAGAGGAAGAGGAGGAUCCUCUAAUCUUUCAACAUCGCCAGCUCCGAGGCAACCAAGGCGAUACUCUGGUCAGCGGGCCUGUCGAAGCGGGGCCCAUGAAGAAGCUUCACGUCAGCACAACAGCCCUGCAGAAGGCGUGGGGAGCAGCCAGAAAAGUAUCUAAAGAUGACUGGCUCGAGUGGUUGAGGCGUUUGAGUGUGGUGUUGCUCAAAGAGUCUUCUUCCCCGGCGUUGCGGUCGUGCUGGUCACUGGCCCAAACGUACAUUCCUCUUGCCAGGGACUUGUUCAACGCUGCCUUCCUGUCUUGUUGGUCUGAGUUGAGUGAAGACCAACAGGAUGAGCUAAUUCGAAGUAUUGAGUUGGCGCUGACUUCCCAAGACAUCGCUGAGGUUACACAGACGCUUCUCAACCUGGCCGAGUUCAUGGAGCACAGUGACAAGGGUCCUUUGCCGCUACGAGAUGAUAACGGCAUUGUGCUGCUGGGAGAGAGAGCUGCCAAAUGUCGAGCAUAUGCCAAAGCACUACAUUACAAAGAGUUAGAGUUCCAGAAAGGGCCCUCUCCUCUGAUCCUUGAGUCCCUUAUCAGCAUCAACAAUAAACUGCAGCAGCCAGAAGCGGCAUCUGGGGUUCUGGAGUACGCCAUGAAGCAUUUUAGUGAGCUGGAAAUCCAAGCCACAUGGUAUGAGAAGCUGCACGAGUGGGAAGAUGCCCUGCUCGCAUAUGACAAGAAGAUCGACAUGAACAAAGAGGAUCCCGAGCUUAUUUUAGGGAAAAUGCGCUGCCUGGAGGCUUUGGGAGAAUGGGGCCAGUUGCACCAGCGGUGCUGUGAGGAGUGGACACUGGUCAGCGAGGAGACCCAGGCAAAGAUGGCUCGAAUGGCCGCUGCUGCUGCCUGGGGUCUGGGACACUGGGACAGCAUGGAGGAGUACACAUGCAUGAUCCCAAGAGACACGCAUGACGGCGCCUUCUAUCGAGCGGUGCUAGCUUUGCAUCAGGACCUUUACUCAUUGGCCCAGCAGUGCAUCGACAAAGCUAGAGACCUCCUGGAUGCUGAGCUGACAGCCAUGGCAGGAGAGAGCUACAGUCGAGCGUACGGGGCAAUGGUGUCAUGUCAAAUGCUGUCUGAACUUGAGGAGGUGAUCCAGUACAAGCUGGUGCCAGAAAGGAGGGACAUCAUCAGGGAGACGUGGUGGGAGCGGCUUCAGGGCUGUCAGAGGAUCGUGGAGGACUGGCAACGAAUCCUGAUGGUCAGAUCGAUUGUGAUCAGUCCCCACGAGGAUAUGAGGACAUGGUUAAAAUAUGCCAGCCUCUGUGGCAAAAGCGGACGCCUGGCUUUGGCUCAUAAGACGUUGGUCCUUCUGCUGGGUGUUGACCCCUCCAAACAGCUUGAUCACCCGCUCCCCACAGCCCACCCACAUGUCACCUAUGCAUAUAUGAAGUACAUGUGGAAGAGUACCCUGAAGAUUGAUGCCUUCCAGCACAUGCAGCACUUUGUGCAGGGAAUGCAGCAGCAAGCCCAGCAUGCCAUCGCUGCGGAGGACCAGCAGCAUAAACUAGAACUGCAUAAACUGAUGGCCAGAUGUUUCCUGAAGCUGGGAGAAUGGCAGCUCAAUUUGCAGGGCAUCAAUGAGAGCACCAUCCCCAAGGUUCUGCAGUACUACAGCCAUUCUACCGAGCAUGACCGCAACUGGUACAAGGCCUGGCAUGCGUGGGCCGUGAUGAAUUUCGAGGCCGUGCUCCAUUACAAACACCAGAAUCAAGCUCGGGAUGAGAAGAAGAAACUGCGACAUGCGAGUGGUGCUAGUGCCAACAGCGAAGCCAGCAACAGUGACAGCGAAGCAGACAGCACUGACCACAGCCCGGUGCCUUCACCCAGCCAGAAGAAAGUCAAUGAGGAUCUGUCAAAGACGCUGCUGUUAUACACCGUUCCUGCUGUGCAAGGCUUCUUCCGCUCCAUUUCUUUGUCCAGGGGCAACAACCUGCAGGACACGCUCAGGGUCCUGACUCUGUGGUUUGACUACGGUCACUGGCCUGAAGUGAAUGAGGCCCUGGUGGAAGGCAUCAAGACCAUUCAAAUAGACACUUGGCUGCAGGUUAUUCCUCAGCUCAUUGCUCGAAUUGACACCCCCCGUGCUCUGGUCGGCCGGCUGAUUCACCAGCUCCUCACCGACAUCGGACGUUAUCAUCCUCAAGCUUUGAUUUACCCGCUGACUGUGGCCUCGAAGUCUACAACCACGGCCCGCCACAACGCUGCAAACAAAAUCCUGAAGAACAUGUGUGAACACUGCAACACUCUGGUCCAGCAGGCCAUCAUGGUUAGUGAGGAGCUCAUCCGUGUGGCCAUUCUGUGGCAUGAGAUGUGGCACGAAGGGCUGGAGGAGGCGUCUCGGCUUUACUUCGGUGAACGCAACGUGAAGGGGAUGUUCGCUGUGCUUGAGCCCCUGCAUGCCAUGAUGGAGCGUGGGCCCCAGACACUCAAAGAGACCUCCUUCAACCAGGCGUAUGGCAGGGACUUGAUGGAAGCUCAAGACUGGUGUAGGAAGUACAUGCGCUCUGGAAAUGUGAAAGACCUAACCCAAGCCUGGGACCUCUACUACCAUGUAUUCAGGAGGAUCUCCAAACAGCUCCCUCAGUUGACCUCCUUGGAGCUGCAAUAUGUUUCUCCUAAGCUGCUUAUGUGCCGAGACCUUGAGCUGGCAGUUCCGGGCACAUAUGACCCCAACCAGCCCAUCAUUCGCAUCCAGUCCAUCGCAGCAUCCUUGCAGGUCAUCACCUCCAAACAAAGGCCUCGAAAGCUCACCAUCAUGGGCAGUAACGGCGAUGAGUUCAUGUUCCUGUUGAAGGGACACGAAGAUCUGAGGCAGGAUGAAAGAGUCAUGCAGCUGUUUGGUCUGGUCAACACGCUCCUGGCCAACGACCCUGCAUCCUUGCGCAAGAACCUCAGCAUCCAACGCUACGCAGUCAUCCCUCUUUCCACCAACUCUGGCUUGAUCGGCUGGGUGCCCCAUUGCGACACGUUGCACGCUCUCAUUCGAGACUACAGAGAGAAGAAGAAGAUCCUCCUGAACAUUGAGCACCGCAUUAUGCUGCGGAUGGCUCCGGACUACGACCACCUGACACUGAUGGAGAAGGUGGAAGUGUUCGAGCAUGCGGUCAACAACACAGCCGGAGAUGACCUGGCCAAGCUUCUGUGGCUCAAGAGCCCGAGCUCUGAGGUGUGGUUCGACAGGAGGACCAAUUACACGCGCUCUCUGGCUGUGAUGUCGAUGGUUGGCUACAUCCUUGGACUUGGUGACAGGCAUCCGUCCAAUCUGAUGUUGGAUCGACUGAGUGGCAAGAUCCUCCACAUUGACUUUGGAGACUGUUUUGAGGUCGCCAUGACCAGAGAGAAGUUCCCAGAGAAGAUUCCCUUCCGACUGACGCGGAUGCUCACCAACGCCAUGGAGGUGACAGGCUUGGAUGGGAACUACCGCAUUACCUGCCACACGGUGAUGGAAGUCCUGCGGGAGCACAGGGACAGCGUCAUGGCCGUCCUGGAGGCCUUCGUCUACGACCCUUUGCUUAACUGGAGGCUCAUGGACACAAACACCAAAGGCAACAAGCGUUCGCGCACCAGGACCGACUCCUACACGGCUGGACAGUCAGUGGAAGCUCUCGAGGGAAUAGAUCUCGGAGAGACCACGCAUAAGAAACCGGGGACCACAGUGCCGGAGUCCAUUCACUCAUUCAUCGGUGACGGCCUUGUACAACCCGAGGCGCUCAACAAGAAAGCGAUCCAGAUUAUAAACAGAGUGCGAGACAAACUUACAGGUCGCGACUUCUCCCACGACGAAACGCUCGACGUGCCGACGCAAGUGGAGCUGCUGAUCAAACAGGCGACGUCGCACGAGAACCUCUGCCAGUGCUACAUCGGAUGGUGUCCAUUUUGGUGACCGCCCUUCCAGGGACGCUCGACAAUCCCACUGAAAAUAUCCGUCACUGGAAUCAAGUUUGGCAGAAACACUCUCUUGAGUCAUGUUUUUAUGUUGAACACGAUUAAAAAAAAAAUCUAAUAUUCAUAAUAUAAAUGACAAUGUUAUAGUUAACUGACUCCGAGUUAACUCCUAAAGUCUGUUUGUUGACUAACACACUGCUGUGCUCCUGCGCCACACACACAGUCUGUAACAUCCUUGUAUAUUCAUGUGACAAAUUUCCAAAACUUGUUUGCCUUUUACCGCAAUAUUGUACGUCGUACAGAUGGUACAAGUCUUUAUGAUGUUCUUUGUGUACAUUUGUGUGCCAUUAAAACAUCCACAAACAAUAUAUAGUGUUUAU